AUGGACAUGCAACUAUGCUCUGGUCUUCUGGACAUCGUUUAUUCAUCCAGUUCGACUAACAGCUUCGGUGCACGGCAUCCUUCCGCUCAGCCAAUCCCCCUAAUCCCUAUCCCGGACCUAACUAGGCUUAUCACUCGAUGUUACCAAUACCCGAUUUCUGGUGGCGCAUACGGUGAUAUCUACAAAUGUGUAUACCACGGACCAGGUGGCAAUGUAGAGGUCGCCGUCAAAGCAAUCCGGCCGUUCUUCAGUGAUGAUGUGCUCCGGAAAGAGCUUGGAAUCUGGAAGAGGUUGCAACAUUUCAAUAUAUUGAAGUUCAUGGGUACCACCCGAGACUUCGGCCCAUCUGAGGCUUUGGUUGCUCCGUGGAUAGUCAAUGGCAAUCUGACGACAUUCCUCAACCAGAAAAAGACCCUCGGGCUACGUGAUCGUCUGCUUCUGCUCCGCGAUAUCGCUGCUGGCCUCGACUAUCUUCAUACAUUCAACGUCAAUGUAGACGGAUACACGUACUUGAAUGCAGUCAUUCAUGGCGACCUUACUGGUAAGGCAUAUCUUGCAGAUUUUGGCCUUUUGGGAACCUUGACACAAUUGCCUGGCAUGACGUACCUUGCGAAGAUGAGCUGUCAUCCAGGAGCAUUGAGGUGGACAGCCCCUGAACUGUUUUCUGCGGAAGAAGUCACAUCAGUCUCUGCGGUUACCACGCAAAGUGACAUUUACUCACUUGGCAGUAUCGUUCUUCAACCUCACUUAAUCAAUAUGGCUGCAAUCUUGCGUAAAGUGAUCUUUGAGGAGGAAACUCAUCCUCGUCCAGACGAUGAUCGUGUCACUGAUCAGCACUGGAAGUUCAUAAGCUUGUGCUGGUCUAAGGAACCAGAUGCUCGCCCUUCUGCUGAAAAAGCACUUCAGUUUAUUGAUAGUGAGCUUGUUUUGUACGACCGGGGCAGCAUCGAUGGUGGACAGCACCCUGCCUUGGUUCCCGUUCCUGGAUAUACGCCUCCAGCCAUUGGUCUAGUAGGCCAGAGUCUACCUUUUGCCUCACCAUCUGCAUGUGGACGUUGCGCACUUUACGGGUGA